UAUUUCCUGAAUAGGAGCGUGGCUUGCUGGUUGAAGUUUGUUGAAAGUGACCCGUAUCCGCAUCCAAAUGGCGAAUGUUUCUGUAGACGGUUUAAUUCUGAAGCUUCAUGAUGUGAACGCGGUAAAGUUUGGAGAAUACAAGCUGAAGAGCGGGUUGCUGACACCGAUUUAUAUCGACCUGAGGGUUCUGGUUUCCCACCCUGCUCUGAUGAAUCAGGUUUCCAGCCUCAUCUACCAGCGAGUGCAAGAGGAGAAACUUCAGUUUAACUCUGUGUGUGGGGUUCCUUACACAGCCCUCCCUCUGGCCACUAUUAUCUGCUCCAGAAAUGAACUCCCCAUGCUCAUCAGGAGGAAAGAGGCCAAGGAUUAUGGAACCAAGAAGAUGGUGGAGGGGUCAUUUCAAGAGGGCGAUACGUGUUUAAUCAUUGAGGAUACAGUGACCAGUGGUAGCAGCAUCCUGGAGACAGCAGAGGUGCUAAACAGGGAAGGGCUUAAGGUGACGGAUGCCAUUGUGCUGAUGGAUAGAGAGCAAGGAGGGGUGGAGAUGUUGGCAUCUCGGGGUAUUCGGCUCCUGCCAGUCAUCUCCAUGUUUAAGCUGCUGGAUGUGCUGCUUGCUGCCGAACGCAUCGACGCCCAAACAGCCCAGAAUGUACGCAAGUUCAUCCUGGACAACAACACCUUCAGUCCCAAGAAAACAAACGGCAGUCAUGUUCCAGCUCCCAAGAAGUUGUGUGUGGAACCAAAGCCAGGUUUAACUUACGCAGAGAGAUCUGAGCUACCAAAAAUCAACCCGCUGGCCUCCAAGCUGCUUAAGAUUAUGGAGGAGAAGCAAUCAAAUCUUUGCCUUUCUGCUGACGUGACAAGCAGCAUUGAGCUUCUUCAGCUGGCUGAGUGUCUUGGUCCAAAGAUCUGCAUGUUGAAGACUCACUGCGACAUCCUGAAGGAUUUCACAGAGGAGUUCAGUCAGAAGCUCCAAGCCGUGGCUGAGAAACACAACUUCCUCAUAUUUGAAGAUCGCAAGUUUGCAGAUAUUGGAAAUACAGUGAAGCAUCAGUAUGAGGGUGGUGUGUUCAGGAUCUCGUCUUGGUCUCACAUUGUGAACGCCCACGCUGUGCCGGGGCCCGGGGUCGUGAAGGGCCUCAGCGCUGUGGGGAAGCCUCUGGGGCGAGGCUGUUUGCUUAUUGCACAGAUGAGCUCCCAAGGAUCUCUGGCUACUGGUGAAUACACAAAGGCUGUGGUAAAAAUGGCAGAGGAGCACUCAGACUUUGUGAUCGGGUUCAUCUGCAGCUCAAAGCUGGUUGAAAAACCGGAAUUUAUCCACAUGACCCCUGGUGUGCAGAUACAGGCCGGAGGAGAUUUGUUGGGCCAACAGUACACAACCCCUGAGGAGGUGAUCUACAACAAAGGCUCUGACAUCAUCAUUGUGGGACGAGGCAUUUUGGAGGCAUCUGAUAGGCUUGAAGCUGCCGAGUCGUACCGAAAGUCAGGCUGGGACGCUUACAUGCGGAGAUCGGGUCAGAUUGCCCAGUAAAACGUUCAGGAGUAGAAGUGCUGAACGACCGCCAAGGGCCUCUAUGGGAGGAAAGCAAACAUUCAGGGACUUUCUGGCCACUAGAAAUGAGUAACACAUGGUACCUGUAAAGAUGUUAUCAGUUCACAUCCAGCUGUCUCAUUUAAACACUUAAUUGUGUUUUGAAUUUAAUUUCUUUUAUCAAAAGCGGGCCUUAAAUAAUUAAGGGGAAGGUGCUUUGUUCUUCAUGAUGGACCACAGUUAGUCAUUACAUAUUAAAGGGAGAUCACAGAUCAGGCUUUUCCUUUCAAUAACUACUUCCUGUUUUAUUUGAGAGAAAUAUACUCCACAUUGCCUCAUAAAGGCCAUCUGGAUGGCCUGAGUUAAGUCAUCUUUGCUCGCUGUAUGCAUCAAAGCAGAAAUCCCUCAUAGUGCAUCACUAUACGUUCUGCAGGUUAAUAUGUUUAUAGACAUAAAUUGAUUGGAGCAUUCGGUUACCAGAAAGACUAGUAUUUAAUGCGCCAAAUUCAGAGAAAAAGAUUCAGUUUCUGGCCGAUGAAAUGUGGCGUCACUACAUGUCAUCUGUUUGGUGAAGACCUCCUUUUGUCAUUUUUCAAUACUACUCUUUAUUUUCUAAUUUAC